AUGGUUGCUGCCUGGAAAGCCGCCGGCUUAACUUACAACAAAUACCUUGCCGUUGCUGCGCGCGCGGUUCGCCGAUCCCUCAAGGACAGUCAGCGUCUCAAUGCCGAGCGUCGCGGACAAUCCGACUUGAAGUUCGCCAAGUGGGAGAACGGAAAGCAGGGUGAAGUCAAGCAGCUUGUUGAUGCCAACGCCGAAGCACAGGCUGCUCACGCCGAGAAAUAA